CCCAUGUCACUCUAGACCAGGGAGCAUGGAACUUUAUCUGGCUUCUAUUUCUUCCGUGGGGCACCAGGCUCUGGGGAGGAGAACUUAGCAGGCUCUCCCCAUGGCAGUCUUAUUCUUCCUCCUUCUGUUCCCAUGUGGGCCCCUCUGGGCUGCUGCAGACAACAUCCAAGCCAUCUAUGUAGCCUUGGGAGAGGCAGUGGAGGUCCCGUGUCCCUUACCACCCCGCCUGAGUGGAGAUGAACUCCUGUCCUGGUUCCACAGCCCCGCAGCAGGCUCCUCCACCACCCUGGUAGUUCAAGUCCAAGUGGCCAGGCCAGCCCCAGACCCCGGGAAGCCCAUAAGGGCAUCCAGGCUGAAACUGCUGGGGAACUAUUCGCUGUGGCUGGAAGGAUCCAAGGAGGGAGAUGCCGGUCGGUACUGGUGUGCCGUGCUGGGUCAGCACUACAACUACCAGAACUGGAGGGUAUAUGAUGUCUCCAUACUCAGAGGAUCCCAGCUAUCCGCAAGGGCUGCAGAUGGAUCCCCCUGCUCUGUCCUCUUAUGCUCUGUGGUCCCUGCCAGACGCCUAGACUCUGUGACCUGGCUAGAGGGAAGUGGUCCUGUGAGGGGCCAUGUACAAUCAUUUUGGGGUGAUGGGGCAACCCUGCUCUUGGUGUGUCCUGGGGAGGGGCUCUCUGAGUCCAGGGAACACAGACCAAGAAUCAUUCGCUGUCUCAUGCCUCAUAACAAAGGGGUCAGCUUUAGCCUGGCAGCCUCCACGGAUGCCUCUCCUGCCCUCUGUGCCCUUUCCACGGGCUGGGAUGUGUCCUGGAUCCUGAUGCUGUUGCUCAUGGCAGGUCAGGGAUUCACCAUCCUGGCCCUCAGCAUCAUGCUCUGCAGACAGAGGGCCCAGGGUGCUCAGUGCAAAGAUGCUUCGAUUCCUCAGUUCAAACCUGAAAUCCAGGUCUAUGAGAAUAUCCAUUUGGCCCAACUCAGCCCACCUGCCCCCAAGAUCAGAUGAUCUCCAUGACAUCGGCCGGAAGUGUGACCUGCUGUCUCUCCCACCAUCUGGCACCUGAAGGAUUCGCCUGAAAACCUUGGCAAAAGGGGAAGGGCUGAGAGUGCUACUUCACAGUGCAGCUCGGUCUCCAGCAGUCAAGCUUUGGGGGGGGGGGGUGCGAGCACACAUGUGCGCAUUGCGGGGGAGGGUGCACUGAAGGAAAGUAGAAGCAUUAUUCUCUGAUAUUACCUGCAA